AUGCAGUCCAACUCUCUAUACGCUCAUGUCGACAACGACGUCUGGAUGUCGGACUGGUCGGGCCCUUCGAUGACAGCCGACGCCAACGAGCGCUUCGAGCCAUUCAAUGAUCAAACCGUGAACUCUGAGCAUAUCACGCCAUCCAUGCAGGACGGCUAUCCGUACUACCAAAACGAGGUAUGGGAUACACCUCUGGCCGCCGACGAGCCAGAGUACCAAACGACCUCGUUCAGUUACUCGGCCGCCUUCAACAAGGACUUUGUUGAUCCGGAUGGCGAUAUACCCGAUUUUGACCUCGUAGCCAGCGACGGCGUGCACUUCGCCGUGACAACGCCGAAACUCCGCUCAAGUUCUAGCAACGACUUUGCUGGAUUGCUCGCAUCAUUCACUUCAAGUGCUAUGAUAGGUCUCCCAUCUCCUGCGCUCAAUCUGGUUCUCCACGGCAUCUACGGCUUAUCGCCGUCUAUGUAUGCACCUACAGCCGUCGACCUUGCCAUAGCAGUACAGUCGCUGGAGAGCUACGGGUUAUCAAAGAGUGAGCUCGUAGCCGACAAAACGCCCCUGUUCCAGGCCAUCCUCAUGCGAGCGCCGGUGGAGCCACUUGCAUGUUAUACGCUCGCAGCUCGCGAAGAGCUCGACGAGCUUGCCGUCCUCAUCUCGCCUUACACCCUCUGCCUCUCCCUGCCCGAUAUCUCGGACGAAGAUGCCGCGCAAAUGGGAUCCCUUCAUCUCCGCCGCCUAUUCUUUCUUCAUCUCGGGCGAGUCCAGGCGCUGAAACGUAUCCUCUUCCCACCGCCCGAUCUGCAUCCGCCCACGGUCGAGUGUGAAGCGAAGGAUCAACGUCCGGUUAGUAGAGCCUGGACAAUGGCGGUCGCUGAGAUGACGUGGGAACUGAACCCAAAUGUGUCUGGCAGCACACUCGAGGCAUGUUUUCAAGCUAAAGAGGAUGAAUUGCAAUGCCCCGAGUGCAAGAAAUGCCUGAGCUUUCGCAUCAAGCGGUUGCUUAUUGACUGGUCUCUGAUCAAGUCAACAAUCUGA